AUGAGCGCGGUGCUGCGGGGAGCUCUGCGGCGGCUGCGGCCUCCUCCCCUCGGCGGCCGGCCCGACCCCCUCGCCGCGGCUGCCCUGCGGCCCCUCGGCGGCGGCGCGGGCGCCCAGGGGCGGAAAGAAACCCCAUCUCCUUCCUUGGGGAAAGAUAGAGCAGACACAGUAAUCAUCGGAGGUGGUUGCAUUGGUGUGAGUCUAGCCUAUCAUUUGGCUAAGGCUGGCUUGAAGGAUGUUGUUCUGCUAGAAAAAUCUGAGCUCACUGCAGGAUCUACUUGGCAUGCAGCUGGUUUAACUACUUAUUUUCAUCCUGGAAUAAACCUGAAGAAAAUCCAUUCUUACAGCAUCAAACUCUAUGAAAAGCUGGAAGAAGAGACUGGACAGGCUGUGGGGUUUCAUCAGCCUGGCAGCAUCAGAAUUGCUUCAACCCCUACUAGGGUGGAUGAAUUCAAAUACCAAAUGACUCGUGCUGGUUGGCACCCAACAGAGCAGUACCUAAUCACGCCUGAGAAAGUACAAGAGCUGUUUCCCUUAUUGAACAUGGAUACGGUUUUAGCUGGCCUCUAUAACCCUGGAGAUGGCCAUAUUGAUCCCUAUUCUCUCACUAUGGCCUUGGCUGCAGGAGCCAGAAAAUAUGGUGCCCACUUAAAUUACCCUGUCCAAGUGACUAAUCUGAACUCCCAAUCAGACGGGACAUGGGAAGUUGAAACUCCACUUGGAAUAAUUCGAGCAAAGAGAGUUGUGAAUACUGCAGGCUUCUGGGCCCGUGACAUAGGCAAGAUGAUUGGCCUGCAGCACCCUCUCAUACCUGUUCAUCAUCAGUAUGUUGUGACAUCAACUAUCCCUGAAGUGAAAGCUCUAAAAACAGAAUUGCCUGUGAUUCGUGACUUAGAAGGAUCAUAUUAUCUAAGGCAAGAAAGGGAUGGUCUUUUAUUUGGUCCAUAUGAAAGCGAGGAAAAAAUGAAGCUGCAGGACUCAUGGGUAACAAAUGGAGUCCCACCAGGUUUUGGAAAAGAACUUUUUGAGUCUGAUUUAGACAGAAUAAUGGAGCAUAUUGAGGCUGCUAUGGAAAUGGUCCCCGUUCUGAAAAAAGCAGACAUCGUAAACACAAUUGCGGGUCCUAUUACCUAUUCUCCAGAUAUUCUUCCUAUGGUGGGACCACAUCAGGGUGUCAGAAAUUACUGGGUAGCUGUUGGUUUCGGGUAUGGCAUUAUACAUGCUGGUGGCAUAGGAAAGUACCUCAGUGACUGGAUCCUUGAGGGGGAACCUCCGUUUGACCUGAUAGAGUUAGAUCCCAACCGCUAUGGCAAGUGGACCACCACAGAAUACACAGCAGCCAAAGCAAGAGAAUCUUACGGUUUUAAUAACAUUGUUGGUUACCCUAAAGAAGAAAGAUUUGCUGGGAGACCAACAGAGAGAACCAGUGGGCUGUAUGAUUUGCUCAAGUCACAAUGUUCAAUGGGCUUUCAUGCAGGAUGGGAGCAACCUCAUUGGUUCUACAAACCUGGAGAUGAGACUGGAUACAAACCCAGUUUUCGGCGCACAAAUUGGUUUGACCCUGUGGGUCGUGAGUAUAAACAGGUUAUGGAAAAAGUCGGUGUGAUUGACCUGUCACCAUUUGGCAAGUUUAAAGUAAAAGGCACAGAUUCUGUUAAGCUGCUGGAUCAUCUAUUUGCAAAUGUUGUUCCAAAGGUGGGUUCCACGAAUAUAAGCCAUAUGUUAACACCAAAAGGAAAAGUUUAUGCUGAGCUAACAGUCUCUCAACUGUAUCCUGGAGAAUUUAUGCUUGUAACUGGCUCAGGGUCAGAACUCCAUGAUCUAAGAUGGAUAGAAGAGAAGGUAAUGAGAGGUGGAUACAAAGUUGAAAUAGAAAACAUGACAGAUGAGAUGGGAGUACUUGGUGUAGCGGGUCCAUAUUCACGACAGGUCCUCCAGAAGUUGACAAAUGAGGAUCUGAGUGAAGGUUCAUUUAAGUUUCUCCAGUCUAGACAUCUGAAACUUUCUGAUAUUGCUGUUACUGCCAUUAGGAUAUCGUACACAGGUGAAUUGGGCUGGGAGCUCUAUCAUAGAAAAGAAGAUUCUGUAGCUCUUUACAGUGCCAUCAUGGAAGCUGGCCAAAAAGAGGGAAUUGACAACUUUGGAACAUAUGCUCUGAAUGCUUUAAGGCUGGAAAAGGGUUUCCGAGCCUGGGGGGCAGAGAUGAACUGUGACACUAAUCCCUUGGAAGCUGGACUGGAAUACUUUGUAAAGCUAAACAAGCCAGCAAACUUUACAGGAAAGCAAGCACUGAAGCAGAUUAAAGAAAAGGGGCUCAAACGACGACUGGUAUAUCUCGCCCUGGAAACAGAUAACGUUGAUCCAGAGGGAAAUGAAAGUGUGUGGCAUAAUGGCAAGGUUGUUGGCAACACCACAUCUGGAAGCUUCAGUUACAGUGCUCAGCGGAGUCUGGCUUUUGCAUAUGUUCCCACAGAACUAAGCAAAGUUGGACAGAAAUUGGAAGUUGAACUUUUAGGAAAAAAUUAUCCAACAACGAUUAUACAAGAGCCACUGGUGCUGACUGAACCAACGAGAAUGCGUCUUCAGAGAAAGGGUGAAAGUCCCAAAAUAUGAACACAGAUGAGGAUACAGCAAAUUGUGCAGUAGGAAGUAGUUCCAUUAAUACACAUGAAAUUAAGAGAAUCAAACUACUCAGAUUUGCUAAUUACUAAACACAAGAUCCUCAUUGCUAUACGUCAGUGAGAAAUUCAAUGGUGUUACCCUCUUGCUUCCUUGUGUGGGCUGUUCACAUUGGAGAUCUGAGCAGAGUUCAUGAACCAGUAUGCGUUCCUGUUCUCAGUAGCACUUGUGAGCAGAAAGUGGCAGGGAAUGAGUAGAUCCUUGAUUCAGCUUGCUCCCGCAUUGGCUGGCAGAUCUAAAUUAAUGCAGAUGUGUAAGUCGUUCUUGGUAUUGGCCAAUAACAAAUUGUUCCUCCUCCUUGACACUCACAGUUCUUCCUUUGCCUGCCCUCAGGGUAAAGUAGCUUAUCCUGGCUCCUUACAACAUGAUGUCGCAAACUUAUCAUUAAAAUAAUUUCACUAGUUCUGCACAGAAAUGCUGCCUAAGGAAUUGAAAUACAUCCCAGCAACCAUUAAAAAUAAUAAAGGCAAUAUUAAAGGCAAACUGAACUGUUAACAUUUUUUCCCAAUAUGUCAGCCUGGCAGAAAUUCUCACAGAAGAACAAAAUCUAGUUCUUCUAAAUGAAACAGUUAUAGGAAGCCCAUUCUUCAUUAUUUUAUAUGAAUCAUCUGAUAGAUUAUGUGUAAUAUUCUACAACACACAGGAUGUUAUUGUUCAAUUUCUGAAUAGAACCUAAAGUACUGUAUCAUGGAUUUACUGUUCUAAAUCUGAAGCACUACACUGACACCAGAGAAAUUCAGUUCUUCCUUUUCCUGAUAAUUAUAGAUUGGACAGCAGUAAGAGCCAUAUGUUGUUACACAGAAAUAUCAACAAUGAAAAAAUAUAAUUAAAUCCACAGCAGAGGAGCUUUAUUCAGUGUUGAAUAUUUGAUAACCCAAAUAAGCAGGAUUGGGGUAACGUAUGUGAUGGGAACACACUAAAUUAUUAAAACACUCUUCUGAAUUCCAUAAGAUGCUCAACAAUUCUUUAGAAUAAUAAUGUCACAAUUUCCAACUUAC